GUAUUCUGGUCCUAUCAAUGUGCGGGGCCGCGAACAACGUCAGUCGGACCGAUUCUCUGCGUCUGCUAGUCCCGCCACGGUUUCAUUUGGGAUCCUCAAACAGAUGAGCCCAUAGAGACCAGGGAUCAAGGCAGCCAAUUAGAGUCAAUUGCUUGCUUUGGAGAAGGCCAGCCCUGCCAGGCCUGGCGACCAGGGAGGGAGGGGAAAGACCAACCGAGCGCCGCUGCGGAAAGACACUCAGAGCAAGAGCGACACCCCUCCACUUCCUCCCACCCUCACUGACAGCGCAGGCUUUGAAAGCUGCUCCCAGAUCUGAAUGGAAACUCAGAGCCGCGGGGCGGCGUGCUCCUUCUCGCCCAGCGGUGCAAUCCAUGCCGAGCGGAAGGUGGUGCGAGCCCGCGCCAGCGCCCAGCUCCCGGGACAGGGCCGGCAAUGCUGCUGAGCAGAACUUGACCGAGCCCCUUCCUCGCUGCUAGUGGAAGCGAUGCUGCACGGCACAGCCAGCGCUGCCCCCGCUCUCCUUCAAGCUGAAGGUUACCCACCCGCGCAGCCAGCCCCAAGCCUGUGAGUGGUGCGUCUCGGGUCCCCGCUCGGGCUGCUCCGCAGCGGCGCGCAGGGCAACGACCGGGCCGCCCGCGCCGGGGCGCACUGCACCAGCGGCUUCGGCUUCGUGGAUGUGUAUGCAUGAGUUCUGCACCGAAUGGGCGCAAAAAGCGCCCCAGCCGGUCUACCCGCUCUUCCAUCUUCCAGAUCAGCAAGCCCCCGCUGCAGAGCGGGGAUUGGGAGCGCAGGGGCAGCAGCUCCGAGAGCGCCCACAAAAUCCAGAGAACCCUGGACGACUGCAAGAUGCUUGUCCAAGAGUUCAACACGCAAGUGGCCCUCUACCGAGAGUUGGUCAUUUCUAUCGGAGAUGUCUCGGUUAGCUGCCCCUCACUCCGUGCGGAAAUGCACAAGACGAGAACCAAAGGAUGUGAAAUGGCCCGUCAGGCACACCAAAAACUUGCAGCCAUCUCAGGCCCAGAAGAUGGUGAGAUCCAUCCAGAAAUCUGUCGACUUUAUAUCCAGCUGCAGUGCUGCUUAGAAAUGUACACAACAGAGAUGCUAAAAUCCAUAUGUCUUCUGGGGUCUCUUCAGUUUCAUCGAAAAGGAAAGGAGCCUAGCGGGGGAACUAAGAAUUUGGAUUGCAAAAUUGAGGAGAGUGCUGAAAUUCCUGCUCUAGAGGAGUCUUCAUCAUCCCCCACAGACACUCAGCAACACGCCUGGCAGGUUUCCACAGACAUUGAGAACACUGAAAGAGACAUGCGAGAAAUGAAAAACCUUUUAAGCAAACUCAGGGAAACUAUGCCUUUACCAUUGAAAAAUCAAGAUGACAGUAGUCUCCUGAACCUAACUCCCUACCCUCUGGUUAGAAGACGGAAGAGAAGGUUCUUUGGGCUGUGUUGUCUUGUCUCAAGCUAAGCAGUUCCUCUUGAAAACUCACCAUUGGGAAGACCUGAAAAACCGCAGAACCCAAGGACCUCCACUCAGCUGAACCACAGUUACUGGCUUUUGACUAUGUUUUCUAUUGCCCCCUAUUACUUUUAUCUGCAUCCCUCUGCCCUUUUCAGUGAUUUUACAUGUGAAAGCAGCUGCAGUAAAGGGAGAAACAAGAAGAAAGAAAAAAACAAGCAAACCCAAAUUCAGAAAAGCAGGCUGUUUUUAAAAGGAUUGUUAAAGCCGACAUUGCUCAUGUCUGCUCUAAAACUCACAUCAUACUAGAUGCAAGAAUUAUGAUUUUUAAAUUAUUUAAAGGUUUUUUUAAAUGUAUUAUACAGAGCAAAAAUAUUUCAUGUAUAAUAGUAUACCUAUAGCUCUUGCUAACCUAAUGUUAACAAUUUACCAUAUAUGAAAGAAGUCUUUCAAUGUAUGAAUCUAUGUAAAAUUGCAAAACUGUACUCAAAAUUCCAACCUAUCAAUAUCACUAGAAGAAAUAGCUAACAAAACUUAUGCCACCUCACUGAUUGCUUUUCUCUGCACUCAUUCACGUUUAGUCUUCCACUCUGUCUUAAUCUAAGAGCUUAAAAAAAUUUAAAGUAUCUUACUUUAUAAUGGAACAAAACCAUAUAUGAAAAAUAGCUAAAUUUUGUAAAUACACAAUAAUCCUAAUACCUUCAUAUAACGCACAUGGCAACUAAUUUUCUUUUCAUCCAAUGUUGUCUUUUUCAACUUCUUGGAGAAUGAAGUAAUCCAGUUAGGAAAUGGUAUAGUUACAUAAACAAUUACCCUCACAUGUAAAAUUGAAUAUUAUCACAUUUUGUUCUAAUUGAAAUUUGAAGCAUGGUGUCUGCACAUCAGCAUAGUGUUAACUCUUAUAGGGCAUGCUGGAAUUAGCUCAGAUUGUUAAAUAUUUAACAUUUUACAUUGUUAAUAUUUUUUUUAGUUAUGCUAAGCUUGUCUCAUUUUAGAUGACUAUGCAGAUAAGAUUUUUCCAAUGUGUAUUCAGUGUCUUGUUUUUGCUAAGUAUCUGGAAAGCAGGGCACAUUAAGCAAUACUAUAUUUUAGGAACGAGGAAGCCACGUGCUUUGUUUUUCUGCUCACAGCUUUGUUGUGAUUUUCCUCCAUUGCUAACAUGGGACAAAUGUUGUUCUAUUUUUCCCUUGUUCUUCCUUUGGCCCAUUUCCCAGACAGAAUUUCCCAUGGGUUGAGAGAUCAGGUCUUUGCACUUCUUUUCUUAUUUCCCAUGGUCUGGAAAAUCUUAAAAUCAGACAGGAGACAUCAUU